CUUCCAUUGAUCUUCGCUAUAUCAUGAUCGAUAAAUAGUGCCACUGAUCUUGAAUUGGUUGAGACAUCCCUUGCCCAUCAUCUAACUUUGCAAUAUGGUUCCUCCACUUCCUCCGCUGCAUGGAGAUCUGAUGCUCGAUGUUUUCACACAUCGCGCUUUGACUGGAGGUGUCCUCAAUGACCACACACCACACGGAAAUAGUGAUAGACUUGCACAACUUGGAAAAUCGGUAUUGAACACCAUCGUGACGUAUAUACUAUUCGCAGAAAGACCUAUGUUAUCUGGCGAAGAGCUGCAGACCAAACAGGAGCAAAUCUUAAGCGAUGAAGCCAUGGUUGCUUGGCUUGCCGCGUAUGAUACAGAUCUGAAGAAACGUGUGAGGCUCGGAGGAGCGAAUUUAGGCAUUCUCAACGACCCCGAGGAAGCUCGUUUCCUUUUCAACAGCUACGUUGGAGCUGUUUGUGUACAAGAUGGCUUACAGGCGACGACUGACUGGGUCAGCAAACUUGUGAAGCCCGAGGGUCAACCACCGGGUUUGGUAGAUGACUCGCGAGACCGCACUUUAUCAACGGUGCCACCUGGGUCACCUACCAGUGCGUCAGUCUCGGCACCCCCUCAGGCGGGUACGUCGCAAGCUGCCCCGCCUCCAUAUUAUCCAACCCCACCACAAGCGUCAACCAUACAUUCAGGAGUUCCCCAGGGCGCACUUGCUCUGUUCAAUCAAACUUGUCAUCAACGAGGAUUUUCUGUCGAGUGGGUCGCUUCCGCAAAUGGCCCGCAGCAUGAUCCGAGGUGGGAAGUGAAAUGCAAAGUGAGCGACGUCGAACGGGGUUUUGGUAUCGGUAGAAACCAGAAACUGGCAAAGGAAAUGGCGGCCUAUGAGGCGUUCCAGUAUAUGCAAAGUAUUGGUUGGACCUUGCCAGAGCCGGAACCGACUGCGUAGACCUGAGACUCUUUCUUGUUCAUGCAUCUAUUAGUGUUUUCGUGUUUUUGAUUGUAUUAUCUCCCUUGCGCGUCGUACUCUCACUACAGGCAUUCUUUCAUCUGCCAGAAUUUAUAUCUAAUGCCACGGUCACGGUCACAAUGGAUGUGUCUCACGAGAGACAAGGUCUAUACAGAAUGUGGCCGCUGCAUGUUACACCCAUUAACUACUUGUGAAGAAUUGAAGGAUGAUACAAAGAGGAAGGGAAUAACUACAGUAUAGGACCGGCAUUUGAGCCAGCGAAUUUUGUUGGCCGUCUCAAGUUAACACUCCUCCAUUAAACAAAAAUCUGAUGUGACAGUUAUGUUUAGUUAUACAAUGACCAUACUAAUGC